AUGAACAAGGAGAAGACCUCUUCCGACAUCUCAGCCGUGCUCAUGGAGAAGUUCAAUCUCUUGGCGGAGAAGAUCAAACGCAUCGAAGAAGUCGUUCAGAAUGAACGAGGGAGUCGAGAGGGUGCCUUGCACCGAGACAGACAGCUGUGGGAAGGUGAGGUUCGCAUUCUCCGAGAAGCCGUUGCACCAUUUUAUAAGCACGACGAGGAGAUACGUCACAAAGUGACCGACAUCGAAGACAGGGUGGAAGGCAACUAUGAUGAACAGGUCCGUCUCAAGGACCGGUUUCUUGCUGUCGACGACUUGGUGAUGACGCUCGAGAAGCGCGUAGAAGAACUCGAGGGUCAGAAGCCCAAGAGAAGACGAGUCAAUCGUCCCCAACCCCAAGGACCAGACGAACAUGUCACGAAUGGCAACACCCCCUCUGAUAACAGUGCGCGACGUGUGUCAUCAAGCAUUGAUGAAAGGUCUGUCCAUACACCAUCAUCAAGAGCCUUAUCGCCAUUGAGUAAUGGUCAAUCACUACCUCAUUCCGAACUGGAAGAAGCCCGUUCUAGUGGCAUAUUGAACCUGGUCGAGCAACCUCGAUCCAUGCCCUUUAUCUUUCCACCACGUCUUUCGCCGCCUCAAGACGAGCCAAGGUCCAGUGGGUUCCUCAACCUCAACAUCGCUGACCGCCUGGCUCAAAAGGCGGCAUCAGAAAGAGGGCUCGAUGUUGCUCAGCGAGCCAUUCAAACACCUCCUCAGGACCGACCAAGUCCACCUACGGCCUAUGCCCAGUCCGACUCAGAAAUUGCCAGAGCUAGCCUCACUCCUCCAACCAGCACGCAAACAACUCGACUACCCUUGAGCGAUAUCAUGGUGCUGCCGCCUGUCCAGACUUCUCCACGCAAGAGAAAGCACUUUGAUCAUAUCGCCUUGGAUGUUCUUGCAGAUGUUAGUGUUGCAAGCCCACUCAUUCAUUAA